CAAACCGCACCCAACCCCAAAGUCAAUAAGGGCAACCUCUCUCUUCCCUUUGCUUUUGCCCCUUCGAAGACUCCCUCCUUCUUCUCCUCUCUGCUUUGCUUUGCCCGAAUCAGACUCUCUCUCCCGCUCUCUCUCUCUCUUUGCGACUGUAAAGCUCUGAGCAGAGCUUCUUGAUCGCUUUUGGAGGUCGAUCUGUCAGGUGCGUUCGUGGCGAUUUCGAUGUCUUUGACGUCAGCGUAGGAGGGUACAUGUUAAGUGGCAGCGCAAGGAGAGGCUGAAUUAUAUGGACAACCUAUGCUGCUUCAAUUCCUUGUACUCCCAGUUGGUAGGAGGAAGUUCCUCAUGUAGCUCGGGCAAGGGGAGAAGCUCCCAUGCCCCGAUCAAGUAUGGUUUUAGUUUAAUGAAAGGGAAAGCCAAUCAUCCAAUGGAAGAUUAUCAUGUGGCUAAGUUUGUCAAAGUCAAGCAUCACGAACUUGGGCUUUUUGCAAUUUUUGACGGACAUCUUGGAGACAGCGUGCCUGCGUACCUUCAGAAACACUUGUUCUCGAACAUCCUUAAGGAGGAAGAAUUUUGGACCGAACCAGCCCGCUCCAUUGCAAAAGCGUAUGAGAGAACAGACGAAGCCAUCCUCUCUCACAGCCCAGACCUAGGACGGGGUGGGUCCACAGCUGUCACUGCGAUCCUUAUUGAUGGGUGCAAAUUGUGGAUAGCUAAUGUUGGAGAUUCACGAGCAGUCCUCUCGAGGAGGGGUCAGGCAGUUCAGCUAUCAAUCGACCAUGAACCGAACACGGAGAGGGGCAGCAUCGAGGAUAGAGGUGGUUUUGUCUCAAACAUGCCAGGGGAUGUUGCCCGUGUGAAUGGACAGCUGGCAGUUUCUCGUGCCUUUGGAGACAAGAACCUUAAGUCUCACUUAAGAUCUGAUCCCGAUAUUGUAAGUGCUGAUGUAGAUACUGACACCGACAUCCUCAUUCUUGCAAGUGAUGGUCUUUGGAAGGUCAUGUCUAAUCAAGAGGCAGUUGAUAUUGCGAGGAAGACAAAGGACCCGCAGAGAGCUGCCAAGAACCUCGCGGCGGAGGCACUGAAUCGGGACAGCAAGGACGAUAUCUCCUGCAUCGUGAUCCGUCUAAAGGGCUAAAAGAUAAACAGAAUGCCCCAAAAGGAAGAUUCAAGAGGUAUUGUCAAUGUAUACAUAUUGAUGUAUCCAUACCUUGAUGGGGGAUUUGUAUAUUUUUACAUGGGUCUAUCAAUUAUUGCAUGCGUUUGCAAUUCUUUAGACCAAAAAGGAAGAAAAAGGGAAAAGUUUGCUGCAUCAGAUUUCCAAUUUGCAAUAUGGUUUCAUAGGGUCUUAAGUUGGUUGUAAGUCUCUCUACCCUUUUGCUGCAAGAUUCGGGUUCUCGCACUCCGGUUUGUACAGCUUGUGGUUGCUUUGAUUCCUUGUAGAUUCAUGCAGGGUUGAUUCUGUGUAAUUUGCAUACUCGACUCUUCUAGAAGCCGCGCAAACACGGUUGUGGAUAUAUAAAUUAUCAGUAAAUGGUGAUGCAAAUAAUUGUUUUAUAGAA